AUGGUAGAACAAAAAGCGGAAGACAUUGUCAAUAAUGGAAAAAAAUUGGUUUGUGGUUUUCUUGAAAUUAAAAAGAAAAAGCUUCCUUUAGAAUUACAUGUUAAAUCUAGCUCCGAUCCAGGAAAUUGUAUUGUUGAUUUCAUAAGGGAAAACCGUAUUGACGUUCUUGUUCUGGGAAAUAGAGAAUUAAAUGUUCCAAAAAGCUUUAGUCUUGGAGAUAUUUCUCAACAUUGUCUUAAUUUUGCUCCAUGUACGGUCGUGAUCGCUCGAAAAAAAUCUGAAUCUCUCAACGUUUGA